AACAUUGGCAGCAGCAACAACUUUUUAUAAUGCAUUUUUGAAAGCUAAAGAAACAAAAACAAAUAAGGCAAUGCCCUCCAUGCAACUUUUAAUGCAAGCAGCUUAAGAGGCAGCAUCACACUAACACACCUGCACAGCUACACACACACACACACAUACACACACAACUUGACUGAUAGCUUAAAAUACUAAGAACAACAACUGCAAACAAAACAAGGAGCGGCAGCAGCAGCAGCGGAAAAACAAACCAAAAAACAUUUUAAAUAUUAUAAUUAAGUCAAAUUAUUGCAAGAACACGGAAUAUGCCAAAUAUGCAAAGCCGCUGCAGCUGCUGCUAAACAACAACAAAAACAACAACUAAAUACAACUAACAACAACAACAACAACUAGCAACAACUGCAACACACCCGACGACAGCUGCAACAUGGGCAACAAAUGCUGCAGCAAACGUCAGGAUCAGGAAUUGGCUUUAGCCUAUCCCACGGGCGGCUAUAAGAAGUCCGACUACACCUUCGGCCAGACGCACAUCAACAACAGCAGCGGCGCAGGUGGCGGCGGGGCCGGUGUGGUGGCCGCCCUCGGCCAGAAGCACAACAAUGGCGGCUCAUUGGACUCGCGCUAUACGCCGGACCCGAAUCGCGGACCACUCAAAAUUGGCGCCAAGGGCGGCGUCGACAUCAUACGAACGCGCACCACACCAACAGCUGGCGUGCCUGGCGGGCUGCCCAAGCGACGCGUCGUUGUCGCGCUCUACGAUUAUAAAUCGCGCGAUGAAUCUGACUUGAGCUUUACCAAAGGCGACCGCAUGGAAGUUGUCGAUGAUACCGAAUCGGAUUGGUGGCGCGUCGUCAAUCUAAGCACACGUCAACAGGGUCUCAUACCGCUGAACUUUGUGGCCGAGGAGCGCAGCGUCAACAGCGAAGACUGGUUCUUUGAGAACGUGCUGCGCAAGGAGGCGGACAAGCUGCUGCUGGCCGAAGAGAAUCCGCGCGGCACCUUUCUCGUACGGCCCUCCGAGCACAAUCCGAAUGGCUAUUCGCUGUCGGUGAAGGACUGGGAGGAUGGACGUGGAUAUCAUGUGAAACACUAUCGCAUCAAGCCGCUGGACAAUGGUGGCUUCUACAUAGCCACGAAUCAAACGUUCGCCUCGCUGCAAGCGCUCGUCAUGGCCUACAGCAAAAACGCUUUGGGUCUGUGUCACAUUUUGUCGCGUCCCUGCCCCAAGCCGCAGCCACAGAUGUGGGAUCUGGGACCGGAGCUGCGCGAUAAAUAUGAAAUACCACGCUCGGAGAUACAGUUGCUGCGCAAACUGGGUCGCGGCAACUUCGGCGAAGUCUUCUAUGGCAAAUGGCGCAACAGCAUCGAUGUGGCCGUUAAAACUCUCAGAGAGGGCACAAUGUCCACAGCUGCAUUCCUGCAAGAGGCGGCCAUUAUGAAAAAGUUUCGACACAAUCGGCUCGUGGCUCUCUAUGCCGUCUGCUCACAGGAGGAACCCAUUUACAUAGUGCAGGAGUACAUGUCGAAUGGCAGCUUACUGGACUUUUUGCGCGAGGGCGAGGGUCGCUAUUUGCAUUUUGAGGAUCUCAUCUAUAUUGCCACCCAGGUUGCCAGCGGCAUGGAAUAUCUGGAGUCCAAGCAGCUCAUACAUCGAGAUCUGGCUGCACGCAAUGUGCUCAUCGGCGAGAAUAAUGUGGCAAAAAUAUGUGAUUUUGGCUUGGCGCGCGUUAUAGCCGACGAUGAAUACUGCCCCAAGCAGGGCUCGCGUUUCCCCGUCAAAUGGACAGCGCCUGAGGCGAUUAUAUAUGGCAAAUUCAGCAUUAAAUCGGAUGUCUGGUCAUACGGCAUAUUGUUGAUGGAGCUGUUUACGUACGGACAGGUGCCCUAUCCGGGCAUGCAUAGUCGAGAGGUGAUCGAGAAUAUUGAGCGGGGCUUCCGUAUGCCAAAGCCAACAAUACAUUAUUUCCCCGAUAAUAUCUAUCAUCUGUUGUUGCAAUGCUGGGAUGCGGUGCCAGAGAAGCGGCCCACGUUCGAAUUCUUGAAUCAUUAUUUCGAAUCGUUUUCGGUGACUUCCGAGGUGCCGUAUCGGGAGGUGCAGGAUUAAGCAGCAACAGUCACAUCACACACA